GAUCAGUACGACAACAUCGCCUCGGUGACCAACAAAGGCCUGGAGCUGCUGGACAAGUAUGGCCAGUUCACCAAGGAGCUGUCGGCCAUUGAGACGGACUACGCCAGUAAGCUCCGUCGGCUAGUCAAGAACUACAUGAUCAAGAAGAAGGAUGAGGAGGAGAACAUGUACACGGUGAUCAAAGCCUUCAACCUCUCCCUCUCCGAGAUCAACGACAUCGCCAACCAGCAUGAGAUCAUCGCCGAGGAGCUCCUCCUCCGCAUCGUCAAGGAGAUCUCCAUCCUCGUGAAGGAGAUGAAGGAGGAGCGGAAGCGGCACCUGGCCGAGGGGACCAAGCUGCAGAACGGCCUCCACGGCGCCAUCACCAGCCUGGAGAAGUCGAAACGCAGCUACGAGAAGGCUUUCCGAGAUGCGGAGAAGGCGCAGGACAACUACACCAAGGCGGACGCCGACCUGAACCUCAGCCGGGCGGAAGUGGAGAAGAGUCGCCUGAUUUCAGUGUCGAAGAAGCAGCUGUGCGAUGACGCCAUGUCAGACUAUGCAACGCACCUGCAGCGAACGAAUGAGCUCCAGCGGGCCCAUUACCGCGAGCUGAUGCCCAAAGUGUUUCACCAGUUCCAGGACAUGGAGGAGCGGCGGGCCGCCUGCAUGCGNCGACUAUGCAACGCACCUGCAGCGGACGAAUGA